UUACAGAUGAGGGAGCUAAGGUUCAGAGAAGCAAUCUGUGAAGCCUGGAGGCGGUAGAGUCAGGAUUGGAGUCAACUGGAGGUGUGAGUUUGGGCCUCCGAAUCCUGCUCCAGUUUUCUGAGACUAUAUCCACAGCACCUCCUGCAUGUCCUGCUGCCCUGAGCUGUCCCAAGCUAGGUGACAGCGUGUCACGCUGCCACCAUGAAUGAAGUGUCUGUCAUCAAAGAAGGCUGGCUGCACAAACGUGGUGAAUACAUCAAGACAUGGAGGCCACGGUACUUCCUUCUGAAGAGCGAUGGCUCCUUCAUUGGGUAUAAGGAGAGGCCAGAGGCUCCUGACCAGACUUCACCCCCCUUAAACAACUUCUCUGUAGCAGAAUGUCAGCUGAUGAAGACUGAGAGGCCAAGGCCCAACACCUUCGUCAUUCGCUGUCUGCAGUGGACCACUGUCAUUGAGAGGACCUUCCAUGUGGACUCUCCAGAUGAGAGGGAGGAGUGGAUGCGGGCCAUCCAAAUGGUCGCCAACAGCCUCAAGCAGCGGGGCCCUGGUGAGGACCCCAUGGACUACAAGUGUGGUUCCCCCAGCGACUCUUCCACAGCCGAGGAGAUGGAAGUGGCUGUCAGCAAAGCACGGGCCAAAGUGACCAUGAAUGACUUCGACUAUCUCAAACUCCUCGGCAAGGGCACUUUUGGCAAAGUCAUCCUUGUGCGGGAGAAGGCUACUGGCCGCUACUACGCCAUGAAGAUCCUGCGGAAGGAGGUCAUCAUUGCCAAGGUGGAUCCUCAAGGCCGUGCACUGGCUUCCUUGGGGGUGUCAGGAGACAAAAUAACAGCUCACGUAGUUACUGCUUUCUCCUCCUGGACUAGGCAGAGCCCUCUUCCCCCCUUUGACCCCAGUGGCCCUUGUGCCCUCCUCCCUCAGGCGCUGAAGUACGCCUUCCAGACCCACGACCGCCUGUGCUUCGUCAUGGAGUACGCCAACGGGGGUGAGCUGUUCUUCCACUUAUCCCGGGAGCGUGUCUUCACAGAGGAGAGGGCCCGGUUUUAUGGUGCAGAGAUUGUCUCAGCUCUCGAGUACUUGCACUCACGGGACGUGGUGUACCGUGACAUCAAGCUGGAAAACCUCAUGCUGGACAAAGAUGGCCACAUCAAGAUCACCGACUUUGGCCUCUGCAAAGAGGGCAUCAGUGACGGUGCCACCAUGAAAACCUUCUGUGGGACCCCGGAGUACCUGGCACCUGAGGUGCUGGAGGACAAUGACUACGGCCGGGCCGUGGACUGGUGGGGGCUGGGCGUGGUCAUGUACGAGAUGAUGUGCGGCCGCCUGCCCUUCUACAACCAGGACCAUGAGCGCCUCUUUGAGCUCAUCCUCAUGGAGGAGAUCCGCUUCCCACGCACGCUUGGUCCCGAGGCCAAGUCCCUGCUGGCUGGGCUGCUGAAAAAGGACCCUAAGCAGAGGCUCGGUGGGGGGCCCAGCGAUGCCAAGGAGGUCAUGGAGCACAGGUUCUUCCUCAGCAUCAACUGGCAGGAUGUGGUGCAAAAGAAGCUCCUGCCACCCUUCAAGCCUCAGGUCACAUCUGAGGUUGACACAAGGUACUUUGAUGACGAGUUCACCGCCCAGUCCAUCACAAUCACACCCCCGGACCGCUAUGACAGCCUGGGUUCUCUGGAGCUGGACCAGCGGACGCACUUCCCUCAGUUCUCCUAUUCAGCCAGCAUCCGGGAGUGAGCAGCCCAUUGUCACCACAGGACACCUGCAUGGCCGCCAUCCACCAACUGGGUGGCUUUUAAAAAGACUUUUUAUUUUGCCUUUUUGGUCUGUGUCCCCAUCCCUCACUCUCUCACCCCCAUUUCCAGUUCCUUCUUCAGUCCUCUCCCAAAUUCACCUCAGUGGUCCCCACAGCCUUGGCCUCUAACCUCCCCUUUGUGUGGAGGGACUGUCCACCUCCCACCCCAGCAUGGGCUGCUGGGAGGAUGGAUUCAGGUUUUUAAUCAAAAACAGGCCCCAGUGAGGGUGAAGCAUGGAUCCCCGGGUCCUGCCUGAAUUUCUGGCUGGGCAUCACGCAGGCAGCCUGGCUACACUGCUGCUUCUGGAUGAAGCUGCCUCUGGUGGGACGGCCGCCUAGCGGACAGCACCCGUGCCACCUUCCACAGCCUGUCGCCUAGGCCCCAGGGGUCUGGCGAGAGGAGGUCCACCUGCCACCCCCGUACUGGGGUCAGAAAAGCAAUAAUGUCCAGGGACCGGUGGGAUCGGGGUUUAGGGCUCCUUGUGAAUGGAGCCAGAUCCCUGCGUCAUGGGGAACCAGGAGAGGGUCACUGCCUUCUGGCCCUUCCUUUCCCUUUCCCUCCCCAAGUUGUUCUGCUAACUCUGUGGGUGAGGCAGAAGGAACAAUGGGGGGCCAGCCUGCCUGCCCCCCAACCCUGUGCCUUACCAGGGCUUCCUUCCAGCUGGCCUUACCUCCCACUGGACCCUGGGUCUGGCCUUGGCUCCUUUUGAGAACAGGGGCCAGGACUGUCCACUUCUUUCUGCCUGAGGCAGAAGGGCACUAGCCUCGGCUGUUACACAUCUCACCGAGACAGUAUUGGGCCCCGUGGACUUGGGGAGAGAAGGGGCAGGGGAGGGCAUCUUCGGUACAUACUGAGGUUAAGGGCCUCUGAGAAGGGAGGCUUCCAGGCCACCUCACCCCUUCCCAUCUCCAGGGCCCCAAAUUCUGCAGCCUUAAGGUGAACAUGAUGGAGAGAACGUGUCAGUGCUAUAAGCACACGUGUGUGUGCUGUGGACUGUGUCCGUGGGCGUCCCUGAGCUGCUGGGAUGCAGGUGUGCAUGGCUGUGUUUGUGUGUGUGUGUGUGUGUGUAUGUGUGUGAGGGCAGUGUGUCUGAGCCCUCGAGUGUGCGUGGUGUGUGUGCGCUUGGGCCCCACCCGCCCAGCGCUCCAUCGUGUGUGGGGAGUGGGUACCUGGGGUCCACUUGCUUCCCCACCCAUGUCCUCGCUCCCCCUGCCCCCGGCGUCUCUGGGUGUGUGCAGUUUGUUUUUUGUGGUUCGACCUCCCCAUCCUCCUCCCUACUGGGCAGUCCAUAGAAAGGCAUUGUGGGGAGGGUGGGGAGGGUACGGGGGCUCUUUCCCUUCUCAUGUGUGUAUGAUGUUUAUCUGACAGCUCUCCCCGUCCCCACUGGCCCUUCUUAACCCCUUGUGUUUGUACGGUACAAGCAAUAAAGACACUCAUUUCAGA